AUGAUGCUUAAAAUUAAGUAUUCCUACAUCUCAACUCAAGUGCUUCGAUCAUAAAAUGUUGUUAGAUUCGAUGCUGAAAUCAAACAAUCACAUUUAUUAGGAGAGCAAUUUGGAUAAUAGGUGUUUGCAAAACUUAACCAUUUUCAUAAGCAUAAUGUUUUGACUCCAACCAUGUUAGAUCAGAUUCAUAGAUUUUUGGAGAGUUAUGAUUUGGAUGAGACAGUGAAUAUCAUAUGGUUGGAUUGCUAAUCUAAAGGGACAGAUUUGAAGUAUUUAUAACACUUGUCUCAACAGGAGAAGAUUGAAUACCUGAGACAAAUAUAAAAUAUGGCAGUCUACUUUGGGAAGUACAAUAAAAUUUUGAUGCCUGUAAUAACAGGAGAAGCAAGUGGAUCAAUGGCAGCCUUAGCAUGUUCAACUCCAUUCUAAUUUUUUGAGUAAAAAGGAGGCAUUCGAUUUAAUGAUGUAAACAAAGGAUUUGUCCCUCAUGCAGGCGCUACGUUUCAUUUGUCUAGAUUGCCGGAUUAAUUGGGGUUGUUCUACGCCUUGACUGGCCGAUGGUUGAAGAAUGAAGAAGCAUUAAACUUGGAGUUGAUAUAUGGCAAUCUGAGGGAUAGAAACAAAGCCAUUGAUUAUAUCGAUUAGACCACUUAAUAGUAUAAGACACCCACUACUGCAAAAAUGUACCCAAAGUAGGUGAAAAGGGGACUUUAAUAAUUCAAAUAUGGAUAGAAGAGAUUUUUAGCAAAAUUGAGUUAAGAAAUGUUGAUUAGAAUGAAGAACGAAGAUGCAUAGUAAGUCGCUUAAGAAUUAAUUUACAAACUCAAAAGAUUCUAAGAGGAGAAUCUUUUAAGUGAGAAAUUUGAAAAGCCCAAGUAAACCAUAGCCAAUCCAUACCUCCACUUUAAAACACUGAACAUUGAUAGUCUAGAAGAAAUGAGCAUAAUAUCAAGAGAGAACUUAGUUAAAUUGGAUAAGGCCUUGAUUGCUAGAUGUUUCAGUGGAGAUAGUGUAUAGGAGAUUAUGGAUAAAUUGAGGGCUGAAUAGAGUUAAUUUGCCCAGGAGAUCUUAAAGGAAUUAGAAGCAUAACCGAGAUUAUCUCUUGAUAUCACAUUCAAAUUAAUAAGGUAGGCAGAGAAAUGGUAAUGGAGAGAUUGUCUAGUUGCUGAAUAUAAUGUAGCUUCAAAUCUUGCUAAUAGUGGUUUGAUGGAGAAAUAAGGAAAAGUUGAUAACAUUGAUUCCUUCUUCAGUCAUGUUACUCCAUCAAUUGAUUAUUUGCCAGAUGCUAUCGAACCAGUCAGAGAUUAUUAUACUGAGUAUCCUGACAAUAUUAGGGUCUUUUUGAAUGAACAAAAUCUUAGAAAGGGGUUGAUUGAUAGAGCCAAUUAGGAAGUGGAUGUGGCUGCCUUUAUGAAAAAUAAUGAUCAUAUGUUGGAUGGUUCGAUCAGAGUGGCAGAUUUGAGAAAAAUGAGAGUUGAAAUAGCUGAAUUGAAAAGAGAUGUCAAAAGCAAUAUGGAUAAAUUGAAAAGCAUAGUUGGAUACGAAGAAAACCUAAAGAAGUUCAUAGAGGAAAGACAAGCUUAUUUGGAUAAUAUUAAGGAUUUUGGAACUCUUUUGGAAGAUUCAGUAAACUCCUUCUUCGAGAAGGCUAAUUAAGCAAGAUUCAAUGGGUAUGCAAAUGUUGCCAAGAUUGCAUCUGUAAAACCAAAGAGAGAAUUGUUUUCAUUAGUAAGAAACUCUAUUUUGAAUCACAAAUUAACCGAAGACAAUGAUGAAAUUGAUGUCUUAAAGAAAUAGUAGGCAUGGAAUAGAUCAAUGUAGAGAUUGCUCAUCUUUCCAAAGGAUGAUAAAAAAUCGUUCUAUGAAAAUGAGUUACCAGACAAAAUAGCAGACAAAGAAGUAACAGAUUAAGUAUUUAGAGCCAGAAAUAUAAGAGAUAAAUUAUAUGAAACCAGAUAUGGAGAUAUCCAUCAAGAGUUUAGUUCAUAAAUUGAUAACUUUUAUAAGAAUGUCAUUUAAAAUGUCACUCAAUCAAAUAAAUUCAACAAUAUACAAGAGUAUUUAGAAGGAAAAGAAGUCAAGGAAAUAUUGGAAUUAUUGAAGGAAAAUAAAGAAGAGAUUAUUAUUAAUUUAAAAAAAGAACCUGUAGGGUAAGUAAACAAGGAGAAUUUAAUCAAGCAAAUGAAAUCAUAAAUAGAACAUCUGAAAUAAAAAGAUGAGAUUCCAUCUAAUCUCGAAGGAUUGAUUUAGGCUGAUGAGAAUUUGAGCGAAAUAAUGGCUGACUUCUUUAAAUGUCCUGAAGAAUUCAAACCAUUAUAGGCAAUUUUCGAAUAGAUAUUAACAUCCAUUUAUAGAAUGAGAGCCAAGUAAUUCAAGCACUUAAAUGAGUUGGCAGUUAUUGAUGAUUAGAUUAAUGAGGCUUUGACUUUGGACUCUUUUAAAGUAAUUGAGAGCAAUCUUAUGUUUUCUUUUUCUUAGAAGAAAUUUAUUGCUCAUUUAAGUAAGGUAGUUCUUUUGAAAUUUAGACCCUUGAAAUUCUUAUAAGAGUAUGGAUUUUAAUUACAAAACUUUAAAUAAUUCGAAAGACUGUUGGAUUAUUUAAAUAAAAAAUUGAGAGCUGCAGCAACACUCUAUAACACCUAUAGAGAAAAGACUCUAGUUGAAUCUGAUAAAUUGCUAGAUUACAUCUUCACUCUUUAAUCUUCUAGAGUGCCAAAUUUCAAAUCCAAAGCUGUUUAUACAAAUCUCUUAAGUUUGAAAAUUAAAACUAAUUAUGAGAAUUAAAUAACCUCAUUGGAAGAGAAGCCAAUAAGUUAAACUACUCUUGACGAUGUUUAUGGUGCUUUGGAAAGCAAAUCACAUAGAAUGAGUUAAUUCUAUAAACAAAACUUACCAAAAUACAGGAGAGGUUAACUUUAAAAGCGUAUAUAUUUUAGAGACGAUAUUUACUUUACUUCUAAAAAGGAAAUUGAGAUUUAUGGCAAAAUCUAAAGACUUAAAGCAUAGAAACAAAGGAGAUUGAUAAUAGGAGUCAGUCAUUAACUGAGGUAGUUGGAUUUAAUAGCAGAACGAUAGGUUGAGAUUACACCCAAAGAACUUUUGUAAUAAAAAGAAGAUUUGGAAAAGGCUUUAUAAAAGAAAUGGUUUUGUUAUCAAUCAAUUGACUAAUGGUUUAAAGAAUUAGUCUAAGAGACAGUGGAAGAAAUUUAUCAUCCAGAUCUCCUUUUGACUGAGGAUGAGUUUAAGCAAUACAUUCAAAUGAGUUUCAAUGAACAAAAGAAAUUAUUAGAAUCCUUGAGAGCAGAACUAAUUUUAGGAGUCUAGAAUGAGAGGGAUGAACUAAUUUAAGAAUAAAAGUUCAAUCCAGAAUUACCAGAAAUCCAAAACUUAGCACAACAGUUGACUGUUGCUGAAUCUCUACACGUAGAAGGACUCAUCGAAGAAAUCGAACCAACUGAGACAUUGUUCGUUGGCAAAAAAGGAACAAUUCUGAAGAUAGGAGGAGAACUUCCUAUUCCAUUGAAUGAGACUCAAUAUAGAGAAUUGAGAACUAAGAUGAUUGGAAGAGUCGAAUACUUAGUUGGGGAAUGGGCUCAAGAACCAAAACUCAUUGAUCAAGCUGAUAUUGAGUUGUUGUAUGAUAAAAUUCAAUAGAUCCAAGAAAAGAAUGGAUAUAAGUGA